AUGAGAUACACUACCGCAAUCCUUUCCCUGGCCGCCAUUGCUGUUGCUCAGGACUGCGUCACCAGCUACGAGUCGUGUCUUCUGACCACCGACGAGAACACUUGCACUUCUCAACUCGCCUCGUGCAAGAACGUCUGUGCAAACGGACUUGAUGCAUGCAACCAGAGCGAUGCUGGAUCCGUCGUCUGCCAGAAGAACUACAACUCAUGCCUGAACACCUUCCCCAUCAUCCCCGGUGGUUCUGACUGUGUUGCCAAGUACAUCAAGUGUGGUGAAUCUGGUCAAUCAAUUGAGAGCUGUAACUCCCAGAACGCUGUCUGCAAGGACACAUGCACAAACAUCAACAGCGCCUGCCUGUCAUCUGGCUCCGCCGACCAGGCUGCCUGCGCAACCCAGUACAACCAGUGCUACUACUCGACCUCGGACACCAUCACCCUCGACACCGUAGCCAAGUACCAGAACUGCCUCAACACUGGCGCCAACGUGACCUCGUGCAACGCUGAGCUCACCAACUUCAAGGACGAGUGCACCACCAUCCAGGCCACUUGCCUCGUUUCCGGAACUGCUGAUGCCACCUUCUGCUCGGCCCUCACCGCCUCCUGCUACUACAACGGCAGCAAGUGGAGCCGUACUUCCUGCUCUGCCGCCUUCUCCGCCUGCACCGCUGAUGACUCUGAGUGCCGCCGCCAAUUGACCCAGUGCAAGGACACCUGCACAAACGCCGAGGCCUCUUGCCGUACUGCCCAGAACGCUGAUGCUUCCGCUUGCGCUGCUGUCCGCUCUUCCUGCCAGGGCUCUGCCAACGACCCCAUCACCGAUCCUAACAUCUCCUCUUCUUCGUCCUCUGCUGCUGCCUCUUCCUCUGCUUCCGCAGCUGUCAGCAAGACUUUGAGCUCCAUCUUGACUGUCAGCACUGGUGGCUACACCUACGCCAACGGCACUGUUGGCAAGAAUGCCACUUCCACCUACACCCCCAUCUCCUACACCGGUGCUGCCUCCAAGGCCGGUGUCUCUGCCGCUCUCGCUGGUGUUUUCGGUGUUGCUGCUUACCUUUUGUAA